AUGAUUAAUGAUAAAUUCUUGAUUAAGAAGAAAAUUUCUUAAGGGUCAUUUGGCGUGGUUUACGUGGGGUAAGAUGUGUAAACCAAUCAGUAUGUGGCGAUUAAGAUUGAAAAGAACGAUUAGGGUUCAAGUUUGGAGAAAGAAGCAAAAAUUCUAUAGCAUUUGAAUGGGACUCUCAAUAUACCUAGGCUGUUUUAUUUUGGAGAGCACAAGAAAUAAAUGCUAAUGGUAAUAAGUUUCUUGGGAAAAGAUCUCACUUAUUAUAUAAGACAAUAUAAAAAGUUUUCCUUGAAAUGCGUCCUCUUGAUUGCAGAAUAGAUGCUGAGUAUUCUUGAAAAUAUACAUCUGAAAUCCGUGUUGCAUCGAGAUAUCAAACCUGAGAACAUACUAGCAGGAAGGGAUAAUGAUUCAAAUUUAUACUUGGUGGAUUUUGGAAUCAGCAAAUUCUAUAGGGAUAAGAGAGGCAGGCACAUCAACUUCUCUGAAAACAAGCCAUUCCUAGGGACAUCUCGAUACGCGAGUUUGGGAGCACAUAAAGGAUAAGAACAGAGUAGAAGAGAUGAUUUAGAAUCUUUGGGAUAUGUUUUAGUCUAUCUUUUAAAAGGAAGUCUACCUUGGCAAGUUUUAAAAUUAUAGGAUGAAUAAAAAAUUAAGGCUGUGGGUGAUAUGAAAGAUACAAUGACACUUCACGAAUUGUGCAAUGGAUUGCCUAACGAAUUCGAGAGAAUGAUUGAUUAUGCACGUAAGUUGGACUUUAAAGCAGCUCCAGAUUACAAAUUCUUAAAAAAGAUGUUUUAGCACUUAGCUCAUUCACAAAAUAUUUAAGAUUAAUUAAGAUAUGAUUGGGAUUUUACUCCAUCAUCAUUGUAAGUGCCUAGUUCAGAAAUUGCAGUUUUGAAACGAUCAAAAAGAACUGUUGAAUAAGACCAAUAAGAACAAUUAUAAAUGCGUAAAAAAUAAGCAUCAUCCAGUACAUUCAAUGGUCUAGAUGGGUUGUCUGGAAAUAGUUUUUUGAAGACUCCUGAAUAGCACUGUCGGAAGAUCUCAUUGACACCUGCCAAACAAAAGAGCAACUCUAGUUUUAAUGAUUCUUUUAGCAGUUGUAAUCAAAGUGGAAAUUAAAGUGUUAUUGGCAUGCCCAGUUAUUAGAACAAUUUAUCGCAACUCUCUUUUGAUGAUCACAAUCUUUUGGCUUUGGCAUUCGAAAGCAUGAGUAAAGUCACAAAAGAACAACUAAACUAAGAAGAACAUGAAGAAAACAAUGGAGAUUUUAGUCCUUCACCUUUAGAAGUCAAAUAUUUAAAACUCAAAAAAUCAUCGAUUAAUGUUCAUUUUAAGAGAACACUGUUAUAAAUAGAAUCAAUGAAUAUACUUCCUCCUUAGUCUUCAUUUAAUUAAUAUUAGUGA